AUGGAUCUACACUUUGGCACACCCGCGCGCCUCGAGCGCCAGAUCGCCCAGGACCUCAUGCAGGAGCAGUCCGAGUUCGACCUCUCCCUUCCCGGCGGCGACACCCGCGACAUUAGUGCGUCCAUCUCGAGGACCCCCCUCGCCCCAUCCAACAGGCACAACUCGUCCUUCUCCAGGCCAUCCGACUCUUCCGACGUGUCGCCACCCGCAAAGCACACCCGCCUCGACAAGCCCCUCGCCACAACGCUACCUGUCACCCUCGCAGCGGCCGUGCACAAUGCAUCCUCCCAACCAUCCCAAGAGCACCACCACCAAAUCUCGGCCUCCUCGUCCACAUCCAGCGUCUCCGACUCGCCUCACUCGGCCCAUUUCCCCGAUCCGUAUGCGCACGUCAGGAGCACGUCCCCUCCACUCACCUCCACGCCGCACCGCACCGUCGGCGCUGCCUCCACCGUCGGCUCCAGGUCGCGAACCAUGACCGCACGUCCGCUUGCAGACGCCACCUCGACGCAGCGCUACGACGAUACCACAAAGACCUCGGCGGCGUCGCGUGCGGCUCGCUCCUCCCGCUCCGCUUCCGCACUCCUCGACGACCUCACCGAAUCGUCCAUCGCGCCCGAAGAUGCGACCGAUGCCCACACUGACCGCAUCGACAACAAUCCGAGUAGUCCCCAGCUCGACGGCCACGAUUUGGUCGUAUACGAUGCGCCAUCAUCCUCCUCAAAACCGCUCGACCAGUCUCCGGCCGCGAGCGAAGGUAUCGACUGGCACCAGCGUCGCGCUCAGCGAAGGCGCCUCGUCCAGCUCGACGAAUCCGCCGUCGACGACGACGACACGCGCGCCACCCAAGACGCACCAACAACAGCAUCGUCGCAAGCUGCCCAGACACAGCCAACGCCGGCUCCUUCGGCCCCCGAAACUGAAUACACCGCCACCACCUACUCCAGCCCCGCUGCAGCCAGGCUCGUGCGACAAGGCCUCGGCGCCGCUUCCCGCAAUGCACAAGCCGACUCGGCCGCCAGCACGCCAGUCCGACAAGCCACCUCCAACUUUGCUACGCCCAAGCAAGCGCCCGACUCGGAGGAACGCGCGCGCAUGAAGCAAUACCUCCUCAACAGCGUCAAAGCCACCGAUCGCACACGCCUUCGGAACGGCAGAUCCUCCGACGCCCAUCUCGAGGCGCUCGAGCGCCUCAAAGCACAGGCACAGCUGCAUCAAACUCCCACUUCGCGCUCCGACGGUACGGCUACCACCCCCGACUCGGCGGCGCCAUCGUCCGCUGCACCCCCGAGCCGUCGAAUGGACCGUCUGGGUCGAGCCAACAUCAUUGCUGCCGGUCGAACGCCGCUGCCCAAAGGAGGUGCGGCUGCACUGCUGCGACGCGGAGCGCUCAUGGACUCGAGCACCAACUCGAGUGCAGUGCAGAGCCCGCUUCGGGCGGCGAGCGAACCGGUGCCCGAUGCGGAUGACGCAAGUGCCGUAGGUUCCGCAACGUACUCCGAGGCUUCGUCCAACGACCUCGCGCUCGCCCCCAAUGCGUCCAAGCAUAGCGCCAUGGGCUUGCGCGCCAACACCUCCUUCCCCGGGCUUGGAGCCGCGGAGGCUGGGACCGAAGCCAACUCGGUCGCACGCCCGCGUGUCGACGCCGCCAAACUCGCGCUCUACCAGAGCAAGCUCAAUGCACGUCUCGAUGCGGAAAACACCGAGCUCAAGAAGGAGCGCGAUCAGCUCCUCGCAAAGCUAGCUGCAUUCGAGCACGCGACUGGCCAGCAAGACGGUGCGAUGCUCGAGCAGGUGCGCAAAGAGUUGCAGCAGGAAAAGCAGCGUGCAGAUGCGCUGGACGAAGAGGCGCAGCAGCUCGCCGAUCUCGUCGAUGACAAGGAGAGGCAGAUCGAGGCGCUCAAAAACUCAGCGGAACGCCCGCAAGAUUCACCCAGCGACAACGAGGAGCAACUGCGCGACGAGAUCGACGAACUCAAAGCCGAGCUGAAAGAGAGGCAGGAAGAUGUGGACGAGCUAGAGGCAAGGCUGGAGCAAGAGAGAGCGCAGAUGGAGGAACAAGUGCAGCAGGCCAAAGCCUUUUCCUUCCAGACGCUCGACCGCAUCGAGGCGGAGCGAGACCAGGCGCUGGAGCGCAUCCAGUCGCUCGAAUCGCAACUCAACCAUGCCGCCCCUGCACGCUCCGAAGCGAUACCAAACACGGGUGAGAUCGAGGCGCUCCAGACGCGCAUCGGCGAGCUCGAGGUGGACAAGCAGCAGCUGGUCAGCGAGAUCGAAGCCAAGGAUGGCGAACUGGGUCGCGUAGAGGGCGAGAUCGAGGCGCUGCGCGAGCAGACCCGCGCCGAUUCGAUGCGUGUGCGCGGUCUGGAGCGCAGGCUCAAUGCGGCCAACGCACAGCUCUCCAAAGCCGCCGACGCGCACACCAGCUCCGUCGACUACGAUGCUCUGCGUCAAGAGCUCGACCAAGCCCAGGCCCACAUCGCCGAGCUCGAAGCACAGCGCGAGCGUGCAUCGUCGCAAGACGAGCGAGUGCAGAUGCUCGAACAGCACAAGUCCGAGCUCGAACAGCGUGUCCAGCAAUAUCGCGAGAUGAUCAGUCGUGGCGUCGGCACCAACCUCGCCAAUAUCUCUAGGACCGACGCGCAACCCUCCACGCCGAUGGGCUCGUCGCCGCUGCCUAAAUCGGUAAUGAGCCUGCGCAACGUCUCGGCGGUGCGCACACCGCGCUCGCCGGGACCGCUCAGCGAGGCUUCGUGGCUGUACAACGAGUCGACGCUCGGUGCGGCGAACGUUGUCGAGCGGAUCGCGUACCUCGAAGGCGCACUCGAUGAGGCAAACGCAUCGAUCGACGCUAAACUGCAGCAGCUCGACAGUGCGGGCGUGGCGCACCUCACGCUGGCGCAGAGGCUGCAGCAGGCGCAGGAGCGUAUCGCCGAGCUCGAGGCGGAACUGGAGCGUCUGCGUGGUGCGGGGGAUGUUUCCAAGAGUGCCGGCGAGAGGCAACAGGUGUUCGCCGACGUGCAUGCGCAGCUCGAGGCGCUCAAGAGCAGAUGGGCCUCGGACCACGGAAAGCUGCAGGAGCGCGAGCGCGAACUGGAGCGUCGCGAACGCGAGCUCGGAGAUCGCAGCGCCGAGAGACGCCAACAUCGCGACGUGCUGGCAGAGCUCCAGCGCGCAAAGGAGGCGGCGAGGUCGUUGCAGCUCGACCUGCAGACCGAGCGUGCGAGGCAGACCGAUAUGCUCGCCGAGCAAAAGCACGCAGGCAUGCAGAGGGAUGCGGUCGAGGGAAGCUUGCAGCGCACGCAUGCCCAGCUCGACAGGGUCAAGCGUAGGCUGCAGGAUAAACUCGACGACCUCAACGAUCUUUCGCGCGACGACGCAGGCGAGACGCAUUCGCGACAGGCGCAGGCCGAGGUGGAUGCGCUGCGACGGGAGCGUAACGAGCUGUUGGCGCAACGAGCCGAGCUGCACGCCGAGUUUGCCGGCGCCAACGAAAAGUAUGCGCGCGUGGUGGAAGAGCUGCGUGCGUCGCGGGCGGCGUUGGCCGAGCACCAGACGCAGCUGGACGAGCAGAUUGUGCAGAUGGAGGCGGCGCACGUGGCGUUGCGCUCCAAAAAGGCGCUGUACGAGCAGGUCGUCGGCGACCGCGACAGGCUGCGUGCAGAGAGGGACCUCAUCGUGCGCGAUGUGGGCACGUUCGAGCACGAGCUGCGCAGCCUGCGUCGCGAAGCCGACCGUCAGGGUCAAGACCUCCAACACCUGCGUCAACAGCGAGACCAAGCCCGUCGCCAGAACGAAGACACCGGUGCCGAACGCGCGCAGUUCAUCGCCCAGGUCAAGAUGCUCGUUCAGCAACUGCGCGAAAAGACGGACGAAGUCCAGGGCAUCAAGACCAAGCUCGAUGCGUUGGAGGCGAAUAGUCUGCCUCCGCCCUACGUCGAUUCGCGCCACGCCGAAGAAUGCAAGGGGCUGCUGCUGCGUAUCAGGUACCUCAAGCUCAAACUCGCCAGGGAGUCGGACAGGUGUGCGGACCUGGCGCAUCAGAAGCAGUACAUCUCGCAACUGCUCGCCGGCCUCGCCAAAUCCGACGCCGCACUCGCAAAGAUCCUGCUCGACUUGGACCUGCAUUCGCCAGCCAAGACCAAGAGCAACGUGGAGAUGAGAUGGGCCAAGGCAUGUGGAGUUGCGCGCGCGGUGGCGAGGAUGCAACUGCUGGCGAGAAGGACGCACGAAGAGAGGCGGAUCAAGUCGCAGAUCGAUGCCGCCCAUGCCGACGUCCGGGCGCGCAGAGUAAAGACAAAGUAG